UUAUUUCAUCUUUUAGUGGAAUCCCGAGUCCAUGACUUCACCAAACAUGGCGGGUGCUGACCGUGACGACGUUUUCUCUGCAUUGACCGGUAGAAUUAUUCCCUUUUUCUUGACAUUCGUGCAAUAACCUUUCUUUGCAUUUGUUUAUGGGCACCUCUAGGCCAUGUUGUGCAAAUCUUUCGAAGAAAAUAGUCGUGUAAUUUCGGGAUGAGUGCGUCGACGUCCUCAACUGGCACACUCCCCCGCCCCCUCGCGGGUGGGGCCGAGGGCCAGGCUGUCCCCACCCCGGUACCGGCCGGCCCCGAUGGCUUCUUCUCCGCCACGGUACUGAACCUGUCCCGGGCGCUAGCCGCCCUGACCCCCGCCCCUGCGGAGAAGGUGAAGCGGCUGAUGCGGCUGUGUGGACAGGAGAACUCGCAGGGAGUGUACACUUUGGACCGGAGAGGCCGGGAUGCGAUCGUGGCACUGGGAGUCUUCAUCAUCGAGUCAGGACUUCAGCACAAGGAGCUCCUAGUCCCCUACCUGAUCGAAAUCCUUAGAAACCUCCCUGGUGCUCAUUGGAUCCCUUCCCCCACCACAAGUAAACAGAAUGGCCUUCCUGAGAGUGAGCAGUUCAGCUUCUGCCUGGUGACUCUGUUGACAGACAUAGCACACAGGGAUCCAUCCUUCCGUGGGGAGAUCAUCACAGCUCAGGUAGAAGUGCUGCAGACCCUUGCCACCUUGUGCCAGAGUGCUGACAUCCCCAAAGUUGCCCUUUGCAGUAUAGUUGUCCCCUCUCUGCUGGGAGUUGCUCGUGCGCUCGGUCGGUACAGCACCGGCGACAUCGGCCUAAUCUCCCAGCUGUUUCCCCGUGAGACUUUCUGCUCCCCUGCAUCCACUCGAGUUAGCACACCUGCCACACCAACCUUCCCUGUCCUGGGGCACAGCCGUCCAGUCAGCGCCUGUCUACAACUUACACUCAACCUACAGGGACACUUUUUGCCCCCCUCUCCCAACCCCUCACCAACGCCCUCCCCACGAGGGUCAGAAGGUGCAGCCAUCUUUGGCAGCUCUCUGCCUAACUCCCCCAUCCAUGGAGGUGUAUAUCAGGGGGUGAUGUCUCCACUGGCUUCAGAAGAUCUGUUGCAAACUGUUGGCACCAGCUUCCCCAUGGCGGCCACGCUAGGAGGGACAAGGAGAGCCCCUUUACAUCUCAAUCCAGCCCAGUUACAGGAUAUCCUGUCCACCGCUAAAUCUCUCCUUACCAAAGACAUUCUCAAGAACUUGGAUGCAAAAGCAACAGAGUGCUUCAUGCCUGGGGGAGGCCCAAGCUACCCCUAUCAUUCCUUCAGCGAGACUUUGACGGUUGUGUUGACCAAUCUUCUUCACGAUCUUCUCUAUAAUGUAAAGGAUCUUUCUGCCUCGUUUACCAAGGAAGUCCAUGACUUCAUCAAAGGUUUGUUCAUUGCGGGACAAACGGAGGUCAUGGAGAAACUAGCAGAAGCAAAACUUUCCUACAAGGCGUUCAACCCAGUGGUGCUGCAUGUUAGAGCCAACGCUGCCUGUGUGGACCUGCUGGUAUGGGCAGAGCAGGAGGAGGCAGGGGUGGAUGCCCUCUGUAGUCGUCUCCAGGAGAAACUUAACACAAGCACAAGCUCCAAGCUGGUGGUAUUGCACAUGCCACUGCUCCUGUGCUGCCUGCAGGGCCUCGGGUCCCUGGCAGAAAAGUUUCCCGGGAACACGUACAACAUUCUCAACAUUCUCCGCGACUUCCUGAUCAACCCUUCCCCCCUGGUGAUGAAGCUUCACCGUCUGCAGGUCACCACUGCCACCAGGGGCAAUGCACACUCACUCAGUGGGCCUCCAUCCAUCCAUGUUACCGGGACCAGUCCUGUUCACUCACAGAGUCAGUCUUCUACCGAGUACCACAGCCUGCGCGACUCAGCCAUUACCAACAUCUGCCGUGUCCUAAAGGCGGGGAUAAAGGACGAUCCAGACUGUGUUCAUGCGUUUCUGGCAUCCCUGUCUAACCGGCUGUAUGCUGCCGAGAUAAGUGACAGGGAAUCAACUCUCAUCUCCACCCACACUAUUCACAUCCUUGGUGCUAUUGCAGUUACUUUCAAGGAUGACCUCAAGACCAUGCAGUCAGUCCUUCAGAUCUUCCAGCAGCGGUUCUGUAGCCCUGCCUCUCCUCUAGAUGUCCUUAUUGUGGACCAGAUGGCUCUCAUGCUCCUAGCAGGAGAACCUACCACGUACCAGGAGAUCCUGAAGAUGUUCAUCACAAUCACUGUGGAGGCAGGGUCUGCCACGUACUCACAGGACCUUCAUGCUACCAACAACAAAGCCCAUGGUUACAGGCAUGUUUCACUGGCAGUCAUCAAUGCCCUGGGGGUUGUAGCUAGUAAUUUACAGGGUGAGGAACAGCUUCAGCAACUUCUUGUCCGUUUGCUGGAGCUGUUUGUGCAGAUGGGGCUUGAAGGUAAGCGAGCGAGUGAGAAGGCCAGCGAGAAGUCCUCCACAGCAAUCAAGGCUUCCAGCAGUGCAGGAAACUUGGGCAUCCUCAUUCCGAUCCUGGCUUUGUUGAUGAAACGCUUGACCACAAUCGUAGACCCCAAUCCACGGCUGUACAAGCUGUUUCGUGACUUCUGGCUGUACUGUGUGGUCAUGGGAUUUGUCACAGAAGGUGCCGGCUUGUGGCCACCGGAAUGGUAUGAUGGUGUUUGCGAGAUCGCCACCAAGUCCCCUGUGUUGCUGUCUCCAGGCGGUGAGCACCUACGGUCAGAGCUCCAGUACAACUCAGCACUGAGGAAUGAUGCUGCAGGGCCAGCAGAGCUGUAUGAACUGAGGGCCACAAUCCUCAACCUCCUGGGACAUCCAGCAGAGGUAGGGUCACUCAUUAACAAGCUCAGCUUUGCCCAGUGCACCUACCUUCUCUCUGUGUUCAAGUUGGAAACUAUGAGAGUCAAACACUCCACAGAUAUGAGUAGCUUUCACCUCGUCUUCCGCUACCUAGAGGACAAACAGGUGCAGAAGGACAAGGCAGGGAUGCUGCAGUGUCUGCUUGCUGUUGCUGAUCAGGCUUUCAAGAUCUUCCUUGAUGUCAUGACCAACAAGCCACGGACAGAUGUGUGGGAGAAAGAGCUUGUCAAGCAUGCCCAGUUCCUACUUGUCAAGUUCAACCAUCAGAUGAAGCGCAUCCGUCGUGUUGCAGACAAGUUUUUGUCAGGGCUUGUUGACCGGUUUCCACACCUACUGUGGAGCGGGGAGGUGAUCUCUACCAUGCUGGAUAUUCUACAGCUCCUGUCCAAGGGACUGCAGAGGGAUUCAAAACUUGAGGCCAUACAGGCAAAAGUUCCCAACACCUCCCAUCAGCUAACUAUUCCAGAUACCAUUGAGGCGAGGGAGAGUGUUGUGCAGGACUUUGCCGCUCGGUGUACAGGUAUUUUGCAAGAGGCACUGAAGUGGGCACCUGCAGCCACCAAGUCUCACCUGGAGGAGUACUUGAGAAAAAUCGAAAACACCUGCGACGGACUGACCAAACAUGCGGGCAUGGCCCUUGCAGCAGAAAGCAUUUUGCAAUACGCAGGUAACACGAAGGAUGUGGCUACGUCAAAGAUAGACAAGAGACCAAAGUGUGUGAACAAGGAUCAUUCCAGUUUUGUGGCUUCCACCAACAUGAGGAGCUGCUUCAUGGGUGAGGUGCAAGGCAUGUUGAGUCUGUGUCAGGGCGAUGAGAGGAGGCUGGCAAGGACCUUCCACCAACAGCUCACUGCAUCCUCACAAGGCAGGGACUUCCAGCAUUUCCGUAAGUCCCUCUUUAGAGUUACAGCUCUCCUCAUCAACAGCAAGGGCUGCCACCGGCCUCUGCUGCACAGCCUAUCCCAGGCACCCAUACGCUAUUUCACAGACAAGGCCAUGGAAACCACCAUCUGCUGUUGGCAGUGGUUGCUAGCGGCUAGAGCAGACUUGGAGCUUCCCUUCAUGCUGGCCAUGACAGCAGCCUGGAAGAUGGGAGUGGACAUGCGCCUCGGGCUGUUCAUGCACAACGUGGACGAGGUGGACGUGCUGGCUAGCUUUGGGGAGGAGGACUGUAAGUCAAAGGCGCCAUAUGUUGAGCCGCACAACAUCUGGAUCAACUUCCUGAUGGAGAGGUUUGAGGUGGUGAAGUACCGCAGCACCUCACAAGUGGAAAUGUUUGCCGACCUGCUGCACUACUCCCUGCCGAUGUUCGUGGGCGGAAAGGACCCCAUCAUGAACCGACAUGUUGUUGGGGUUGGUGCCAGAUUCCGGCUUCUCACCCUUGGUCUCCUGCUCCUCCAAGGCGAUGUCCUGCCCAGCUGCCCCAGCAAGAAUGUGCUGCGGGAGAAAGUCUACACCACAGCAUUUGACUACUUCACAGCCGUUCUACCCAUUCCACUCAAGGACACCUUGACAUUGAGGGAGGUUGUGGAGAUGGUCAUGAAGUUCUGGAAGUCACUUCAUUCGGACAAGAAAUACUUAAAGACAAGCCACGUGAUUGGUUCUAGUUUCCCUGAACUUGACUCUGACACCAUUAGUGUGCGUAGUGCCACUGCAACCAUGACGUCCGUUCCUGCUGAUCUGCGAGCAAGCUCAGACGUUGGCCCUCGUUCAACUCAAGGUUGGGUAAACACCAUGCCAAUGUCCUCCAACAUGUCUGCCCUGUCCAGGCGGUCCACAGGAACCACCCGUAGCAAGAGCAGGGUGGGAGAGGUACUGGUGAAGGACUACAUGCGGCGACGAGGGCUGCUGCUGUCCCUGGUGGGGAACGAGAUCGAGCGGCUAACGACAUGGUACAACCCGCUGGGUCUGUCAGAGCUAAGCUUCGUGGGGCAGGACACCAUCACGGCGUGGCAGUCGCAGCCCAUGUCAGACAGGGCCUGGAGGGACACGGUACAGAUGGCGUGGGACAUCUCCCCACGACUAGCACUGCAGCUCCCAGCCAGGUUCCGUCAGACUGAAGCCAUUUCCAGGGAGGUGACACGUCUAGUCAGGAAUGACCCCCAAGCAGUUGUAGAUGUCCCGAGAGCAAUCCAGUUCCUUUUGCCUGUGAGAGUUGAGGAAAAGUCACCUGACCAGAAAUACCUGGUCACAGAACACAGUGUUGAAGUGGAUGCCCCAGAACUGAGCCACAUCCUCACCUGGACAGGUGUAAACCCUGCUAUGGCGCUAUCGUACUUCUCGCGCCAGUUCCCACCACAUCCAUUCACCUCGCAACUUGGCGUGAAGGUCCUGCGCUCCCUCCCACCCGAGGUCACCCUGUUCUACGUGCCACAGCUGAUCCAGGCUCUGCGCUAUGACACCAUGGGGUAUGUACAGGAGUAUAUCCAGUGGGCCAGUCGGCGCUCCCAGCUCCUGGCUCACCAGUUUGUCUGGAACAUGAAGACCAACGCUUACACUGAUGAGGAUGGCACCAUCAAGGACGCAGAGGUCGGAGAUCGUUUUGAGGCCAUGAUCGAACUGAUGACUCGGACAUUGUCAGGGCCAGCCAAGGAAUUCUAUCAGCGGGAGUUUGACUUCUUUGGGAAGGUGACGGCCAUCUCAGGGGAGAUCAGGCCCUAUCCAAAAGGUGCAGAGAGGAAGAAGGCCUGUCUCAAGGCCAUGAAAAAAAUUGCUGUCCAGCCUGGCUGUUACCUACCCAGUAACCCUGAGGCUGUUGUGUUGGGAAUCGACUACAACUCAGGAACUCCCCUACAAAGUGCAGCAAAGGCACCUUUCCUAGCCAAGUUUAAGGUUAGAAAGUGUGGGAUCAAUGAUCUGGAGAACCUUGGCCUGGAGGGAGGGGACACAACAGAUGGAACAGCAGAGGAGGUCUGGCAGGCAGCCAUCUUUAAAGUGGGAGAUGAUGUGCGGCAGGACAUGCUUGCAUUGCAGGUGAUGACGCUGUUUAAGAACAUAUUCCGGCAGGCGGGUCUGGACCUGUUCCUGUACCCGUACCGGGUCAUCGCCACCGCGCCGGGCUGUGGGGUCAUCGAGUGCAUCCCCGACACCAAGUCUCGCGACCAGCUGGGACGACAGACCGACAUUGGCCUUUACGAGUACUUCCUGCAGAAGUAUGGGGAUGAGAUGACCCUCAUGUUUCAGAAUGCCCGCCGGAACUUCAUUGAAUCCAUGGCGGCUUACAGCGUUAUCGGGUUCCUGCUACAGAUCAAAGACAGGCAUAACGGAAACAUCAUGCUGGACUCACAGGGCCACAUCAUGCACAUCGACUUUGGCUUCAUGUUUGAGAGCUCCCCGGGUGGAAACCUGGGCUGGGAGCCAGACAUCAAACUGACCGAUGAGAUGGUGAUGAUCAUGGGUGGGAAGAUGGAUGCCCCGCCAUUCCGGCGCUUCAUGGAGCUGUGUAUACAGGGCUACCUUGCUGUGCGCCCCUACCAGGAGGCCAUUGUGUCACUGGUUGCAUUAAUGUUGGACACGGCACUGCCAUGCUUUCGAGGCCAGACCAUCAAACUGCUUCGCCAGCGCUUCGCUCCCCUGCAGAACGAGAGGGACGCGGCCAACUACAUGCAGAAGGUCAUCAAGGACUCCUUCCUCAACUACAGGAGUAUCACCUACGACAUGCUGCAGUACUACCAAAACCAGAUCCCCUACUAGAGGGCAUCUUAUCACCAAGAACAUGCUUCUGUACUGCCCAAACCAUACUUCUUUCAACAGGAUUUUGCUAUCCCAAAACUGCUGUAGCUUGCUUCCAACUACAUGUAAUGUGUAAUACAUUCAGACUGUUUCAUACUAGAAGUUUUACUGUUGAAAACCAAACUACAAGUCAAAUGUACAUGUAUCAUGUAUGAAAGUACAUUCUAUUUAGAAUGCCCUUAUGAGGAUGAUAAUGCACUGUUUUGUGUAUUUUGUGAAGAACUGAUAAAAAUGCAGUAAGUAGAGAUCUGUAACAUGUAUUGACUAAAUGUAAAAAGACCAGAGAUAUAGUGUAUAUGAUACUGUACCUACAAUGGCUACAUGGUACAUAUUAGUGCUUUUUGCUACAUAUAACACUUUUGAAGUUGUUUCAAGAUGUAGAGUUUGCCUCAUUGUUUAAUUGAGCACAUUCUCUUCUGUGUUAUCAUGUCCGUUUUUGCCAUAUAUUUUACAGUUAUUGAGUGACUUUGAGAAUUGAUUAGGUUUUUCAUAUUUUCAGUGUUUUUUUAGAUUUGAAAAACCGUGUUUCACAAACUUCUCAGAACAGUGCAAAUUUCUGUAGAGAACUAGAGCUCUUUAUAGCCUGCUACAAGGAUAUUGCUAUUUUUUGUGCCGUUGUUUAAACGUGUUACAGUAUGUAGGGGCGUAGUUUCAGCUCUUGUAUACAUAACGUUCCAUAUGCAACUUAAAUGCAAUAUCGUGUUUUGAGUGUGCAUUGUUGGUGUAUCAUUUCCUUUUGAACUGCACAAUGUGAUUUAUCAUUGUAUAUACAUGUAUGUGUGCUCUAGUCAAGUUGUAUUUUUGAACAUUGUAAGUACAUGUAGUGAGAGAAAGAGUUAGUAUAGCCAAACGUUAUUGCAGUAUAAGAGUGUAAUGAUCAUAACGCUGUGUGCGAAAUGAAACUGAAGUGCAAUAUUGAAAUGGAGAUUACCAAUAUUACUUUAUGGGAUGUAAGGAAAUUUUGAAAUGUGAAUAUUGCCAGUAAUAGAUUCUUCUGUUAGAUUUUAAAUUCUUUUCAAAGAUUUCUUCCAAAUUACGUAUUGACAAUAUGAAUGUGUAUCAGCUUAAACCAUGAAAAAUUAAAAUUGAAACCCUCAAAAUCUGCUCCCCCCCCCCUGGAACUAUUAAAGGUAUACAGAUAAAUUUGAAACAGAUAUGUACAUACAAAUAAAUUUGAAACUACUACCCUGAUCAGAUCUAUUGGACAACAUGACAAUGUGGUCAUUUCUGUUUAUUAGGAAGGAUGACUGUACAAAGUAGUCAGGGGAAGGCUAGGAGAAGGCUUUGUUAUAUGUGGGCCUGAAUGUUUAUUUGUGUAUGAAGACUUUCAGGAACAAAGGAGAAAAUGUGGCAAGUCAGUAAUAUGACUGAUUCUACUGUUUGUUUAUUUGUAUACUACCAUUGCUUCAACUUGUUUUUUGUAUUGGUCUUGCGUCCAUUUGUAAUGAAUCUUUAGGCAUACUUGGUUGUACAUUCAUGUACUUUUUCACCACUGUAAAACCGUAUUGCAUGGUUUCAGAGAACACCAUUGGUUUGGACAUUCAUUUGUCACUUUGUUAUGGUUACUUUGAACACCUGUAAUUGACCUUCCUUGUUAGAUUAUGUCCAAUUUUAGCUGUGGAUGUCUGCAUGUAGACAAAGUGAGAACUCCCAAGAUGGACAACAGUACUGUCUUGUACUUUGUGCACUUAGUGGAAUGAAUGCUAUUGCUUUUUAGACUUGGACAAAGCAGUUAAGACAAGCUGGACAUUUUCAUGUAGAGCAAAUAGAUCCGUUUGUCUGGUUA